AUGUCAAGGAAAAACACAAAGAAAAUCAGACAUCGCCAUACUACUGAAUGGCAGGAUAACAAAAGGAAAGUAUUAAGAAACUCAGGCCAAGAAUACAAGAGCCGUGAUGGUACGGUUAGGCACGGUAAAAAAAUGGGACCGAUGUGUCAUAAUAUCUGCCGGCUCAAAUGUUCUACAAAAUUUUGCGAUGAAGACAGAUUGCGGCUUUUCAGAAAAUUUUGGGACUUAGGCAGUGUAGAAAAGCAAUGGGCUUUCAUCGCGAAUUUGGUUAUAAAGAAAAAGAAACGUAGACAAUUCACAGACACAAUCUCUAGACGAAAUUUCACUUUAGUUUACCGGCUACCGAAAAAAAUUGAUAAAAAAGAAGAAAUUAUAACUGUAUAUUCCAAACGUACUGUUUAAUAACUUCUUAAAAAUUACUAAGCACGCGACAUGUUAUAAUAACUUACACAAAUCUCCUACCCGACUAUAAAGGAGUUUUUUAAAUGUAAUAAAAGCCUUCUAGAUAAGUAUUAUUUUAUAGUUUUUGAAUUAAUUUUCUUAUUUUCAGAUCUCGAAGGUCGUUCCACUUUGUUUGGGGAGAUUGUGAGACGGCGUCCAUUACCAGAAUGUACUAUAAAUCAUCUAGAUAAUGACUGUAACAAUCACUUCUGUACUUUAUAUCUUGAAAAUAGCGUUCAGGCAGAACACUCUGUUGAUUCAUGUUGUACUGAUGAUUUCACGCCACAUGCAAAUACAUCUCAAAAUACGAAAAAGCUAGAAAAUAUGUCCAUGAAGGACAAAAAGAAAAUCAAACAACGCCAUACUAUUGAAUGGCAGAAUAACAGAAGAAAAGUAUUAAGAAAUUCUGGCAAAGAAUACACGACCUGUGAUGGUACGGUUAGGCACGCUAAAAAAAUGGGACCGAUGUGUCAUAAAAACUGCCGGCUCAAAUGUUCUUCAAAAGUUUGCGAUGAAGACAGAUUGCGGCUUUUCAGAAAAUUUUGGGAUUUAGGCAGUGUAGAAAAGCGAUGGGCGUUCAUCGCGAAUUUGGUUAUAAAAAAAAAGAAAUGUAGACAAUUGACUGAUGCAAUCUCUAGACGCAAUUUCACUUUAGUUUAUCGACUACCGAAAAAAAUUGAAACAAAAGAAGAAAUUAUAACUGUAUGUAAGACGAUGUUUUUGAAUACACUUUCAGUAACAGAAAGAAAUAUAUACACGUCGCUUAAGAAAAUAGAUAACAUAAGUGGUAUGGUAAAGAUGGAUAUGCGAGGCCGACAUACUAAUCGCAGAGUACCAACUGAAGAUGUUAUUAAAAAGUGUAUAUGCAUGGCAAUAAAAGUCAAUGUCAAAGUGGACGUGGACGUGGACGUAGACGGGGACGUGGAUCCAAAGACAGUGUCCGCGCGAGUACCUCGAACUCAGACCCCUCAUCUCCUGGCCCCUCGAUUGAAAAUAUAUGCCGCUGCCAGUGUCCACAUAGAAAACGAGGUGCUAGAGCAACCUAUAUCCAAAAUUAAGAAGAGAGUCAUCCCAAAAAGUAUAGACCCUAGUGUGGUGUCUGCUACUAUAGCUGGGUGGUCCACCAUACCCAACAUGGAGGUCAACCAGCACGUGACUAUGGACCUAGAGGUCGGCGAGCCAGUCCCAGUGGAGAUGGAAGUGAAAGAACGCAGUGGCUUCAAUCUCGAUACCGCUAGAACCGGCAACAACUCUGAUUCUGAUUCCAGAAGUAGCACCAGUGCCAAUUCUGGUUAUAGAACUGGCAUCGGCGCCAUCUCUGGCUCCAUAAGUGACACCAGCUCCGGCACCGUGUCCAGCACAGGAAGCGAAGAUGAAGACGACGUCACUGAUGAAGAUCUUGACGAUGGUAACAAUAUGGUACCUAUACCCAGGACUCUUCGAAUUUAUUACGAAGACGAAGAGGAGACUGUCAGCGGGAAUGCCUGCCUAGAUCCCUGCUUCCCACCUGCCACUUCGGCCGAUUCGCUUAUUGCCCUUCGGGAGGAAAUAUCCACUUCUCAUGGUCAACGGUCACACUUUCAAGAGAUUCUCGAAAAUGUCUUUAGGGAAGGUUCUAUGGAGAUGCUCCAGUAUUUCGAAGGGAUGCAAAGCGAGGGUUUAUUGAAGACGGUGGUACACAGUGCAAUAAAGCGAGUGAUCCAAGAGGAGCGUAAAUCUCGUAGCGUCUCUAAAUCGAAAAGCAGACGAAGGUGUUUAAAAAAGGUCGAUACUGUGACCCUCGAGGCGAUAAGACAAGUAGUCCAAGACGGUUGCAGUAUCAGGACAAUAGCCAAAUCUCACAGCAUUUCCAAGUCGAAACUUGGGAGGCUGGUCAAGAAAACUAAGGAUAAUCUCAGGAAUUGUGCUUACCUGUACUUAGAUGAUGAUUCAUGA